GAUAAUCAGUGAUCAUACAUGUGUAGGCGAUGAGGUAGCGUAUGCAAAAAGGUCCAGUGAAUCGUCAGAUGGAAGUAUAAUAGGAGUAGAAGGUUCCCUCCGCGGUGCCGAGAUAGAGGGACCUACGCGGCGAAAGGGUGUUUGAAAUCCGGCGGUGACUUUUCGUAAUGAAAUAGAAUUUCCUGAUAUAACAUGUGCUGAAUUUAGUUUGGGGUGUAGAACUGUACGAUUGAUCUGUGCAUCUGCAAGGAUGGAUGCGAAGUUGGAUACCCGUCUUUUGGGUAAGGCAUGAGGACCUGUUGAAGGGCAAAACGUAACAGCAUUAUCUGUGUCGUCAUCGGUAUCUGAUAUGACAUCCGAGUGCUCUGUGAGGGUGGCGGAGGAUUGAGUGGACGGGGAACGAGAGAAUAUGGUUGUAGAGGCAGAGGAAAAAAUCGAAGAUGCAGAAGUGGACCUCUCAGGCCUUGAAACUAUGGGCGCCGUAGCGCGUUUUCGUAGCAGACGUCUCAAGAAAAUGGGACUUUCGUGGCCUUUUCUUUGUUUCUUCUGAGGAGGCGAUUUCCGUAUCCAACACCCUACCAUUUCUUCCCAUUCCCAUUCGUUGUCUUGACCUCCACGCUUCUCGAUGUUCCCCUGUCGCGUCAUAUCUGGGGUGGAGGACCCAAUUGUUGGCCUUUGAGAACCAAAACACCUCUCCUCCGCCUCAUCAACGGCCUGUAUUAAAAUUUUCCUGUACACUCCAACAUCCUGGCUAGUCCCAUGCUUACCCACAACCACUACAUUCUCGAAAUGAUUGAGAGCACAAGCCCAAAAUGAUGCGUCGAGAUUUAGUAAACAAUAUGAUUGAAGCAUGAUCGAAAAAGUUCGUAGCUGGGAUACAAAAUGACUCAAAAAGUUUUGAGUGGGUAUUUCAAUUUCGCAGGACGACAACCAGGCAAUGAGCUUGGAAAACGUGGCGGUAAUUGGCGAGCUUUGCAUGUCCAGAAUCCGCUUGUUUCAGAAACAAGAAAGACUUCGAUAAGCGACUUGACAAACGCAAGGACCAACCCACAGAAGGUGGAGGUCCGUAAGAAAUCCAAUAGCUGCGAGACUUGGUAUUUGCUCGGAGCAUGGCCUGCAGUGUGCCACUUGAAGGACGUUCCGAAAAGAGUCGCGUACUGCGUAUAUCCUGCGCGAGAGUUCAAAUUCAUGUGCUGGACCGGAAUCGAGACGAGCUUUGACACCGCGACCCGCGGAAGGGGACGAAGGAGACGGUUUAUCCGGGAGGUUGUCAAAUGCGAACCUGUACCGGUAGAGGACAUGUAA